AUGGGGAAGCAAGGGCCUUGCUUUCACUGUGGAGUCACAAGUACGCCUCUAUGGAGAAACGGGCCACCGGAGAAGCCGGUGUUGUGCAAUGCGUGUGGUUCGAGAUGGAGAACGAAGGGAACGCUUGUGAACUACACGCCGCUUCACGCCCGUGCAGAAGGUGAUGAGAUUGAGAUUGAGGAUCAUAGAGCUCAAAGGAUGAUGAUGAUGAAGGGAAUGUCUGUCAACAGCAAGAACAACAACAAGAAACAGACUCCCAAGAGGAAACCAUAUCAAGAAAACUUCACUGUGAAAAGAACCAACUUGGAAUUCAAGAAGAGGUCUCUAGAAGAAGAGGGAAGCAAUAGAUCGAGUUCGGGGUCGGUUGUGUCGAACUCAGAGAGCUGUGACCAGUCUACUGCUUUCCCUUGCAAGAAGAGGACAUGUGUGGUGGUGGGGCGUCCAAAGGCGGCUUCUUCUGUUGAAAAGCUCACAAAGGAUCUCUUUAGUAUCCUGCAAGAACAGCAAUCUUCUUGUGUCUCUGAGGAAGAUUUGCUUUUUGAGCAGGAAACACCAAUGUUGAUGGGACAUGGGAGUGUUCUUAUGAGAGAUGAGGAAUCUGAAGCUAGCUCACUCUUGGUUGAGAGCAGCAAGUCCUCGUCAAUACAUUCUGUUGAAUUUGGUGGCAAGCAGGAGCAACUCAAGAGGACCAAACCUCAAGUCUUGGGAAGACAUAGUUUACCUCUCUGUAGCAUAGAUUUGAAGGAUGUGUUCAACUUUGAUGAAUUUGUAGCAAAAUUCACAGAAGAAGAGCAGCGAAAACUGCUCAAGUUGCUUCCUCAAGUUGACUCUGUUAACUUUCCUGAUAGCCUCAGAAGCAUGUUUGAGAGUUGUCAAUUCAAAGAAAACUUGUCCUUGUUUCAGCAACUAGUUGCAGAUGGUGUCUUAUCAUCAUCAUCAUCAUCUUCUUCCUCUGGAUCAAAACUUGAAGACUAUAAGACACUUGCAAAGCUUGCUUUAACCGAUCCUAACAAAUCCCAUUUGCUCGAAAGCUAUCACAUGCUCAAGGAACAGAGAAAGGGGAUUGAAGACUCUGUGACUACAACAUCAAGGGUCUCAAUACCUUGUGAAAGCUUAAACCAAAACUUCUCAGAGACAAGAGCUGUGAUGAGAAGCCCGAAGGAAGUGAUGAAGAUAAGAAUAAAGUCAAAGCACAUGGAAGAAGCACAAGAGGUUUUAGAGAAGAGUGUGUCUUCUUAUGGUGGCUCUAUGGUGUUUGGCUAUGAAGAUAAUGAUAUCUCUGAUCAAGAUCUUCUUCUUGAUGUGCCGUCGAAUGGAUCAUUCCCUCAAGCAGAGCUUCUUCACAUGAUAUGA